AUGAGGAAGAAACUGGCUGAUGUUAUCCAUGCCACGGAUACAAGUACUGCUGUGGAUACAGGUACUGCUGUGGAUACAGGUAUUGCUGUGGAUACAGGUACUGAUGUGGAUACAGGUAUUGCUGUGGAUACAGGUACUGAUGUGGAUACAGGUACUGAUGUGGAUACAGGUAUUGCUGUGGAUACGGGUACUGCCGUGGAUACAGGUACUGCCGUGGAUACAGGUACUGAUGUGGAUACAGGUACUGAUGUGGAUACAGGUAUUGCUGUGGAUACGGGUACUGCCGUGGAUACGGGUACUGCCGUGGAUACAGGUACUGCCGUGGAUACAGGUACUGAUGUGGAUACAGGUACUGCUGUGGAUACAGGUACUGCUGUGGAUACAGGUAUUGCUGUGGAUACAGGUACUGAUGUGGAUACAGAUACUGAUGUGGAUACAGGUACUGCUGUGGAUACAGGUACUGAUGUGGAUACAGAUACUGAUGUGGAUACAGGUACUGAUGUGGAUACAGGUACUGCCGUGGAUACAGGUACUGCUGUGGAUACAGGUACUGCUGUGGAUACAGAUACUGAUGUGGAUACAGGCACCGAGAAGAAAUUGAACUUGAAAAUGUUCUAG